CCCCCGCCGGCACCGCCUCCCCCGGGAGCCCUCCCCCACCCCCCAGGCCGGGGACGCAGGCUUUGGGGCGGGCUUGCGCGGAGGGAGCGUCCGGCGUCCGGGCCGCAGGGCCAGCCUGACUCAGGCCUUCGGCAUCCUGGGGCUGGCGCCCGGGAACUGGGUCACGGGAGACCCACUCGUCCUCGGGGAGCGACAGAGCUGCAACACCCGGGAGACCCGGAGCUCCUAGAGGGCAGGGGCAUUGGCCAAGCCCUGCAUGCCCCAGCCCCAGCCGAGUUGAACUGGGAGCUGCUGCUGCCCUCUCACCUCCAGCCAUGGCACCCCUGCUUGCCCUGUUCCUGGUGGCCCUGGUGGGCCUACCUCUGGCCCCGGCUCUCGACUGCCACGUCUGCGCCUACAAUGGAGAAAACUGCUUCAACCCCAUGCGCUGCCCGGCCAUGGUCACCUACUGCAUGACCACGCGCACCUACUACACGCCCACCAGGGUGAAGGUGAGCAAGUCCUGCGUGCCCAGCUGCUUCGAGACGGUGUACGACGGCUACUCCAAGCAUGCGUCUACCACGUCCUGCUGCCAGUACGACCUCUGUAACAGCGCUGGCCACGCCACCCCCCGGGCCCUGGCCUUUGCCCCUGUGCUCCUGGCCACCCUCUGGGGUCUGCUCUGAAGCCGUGGCCCCUGCCAGACCCGCCCCUGGACAGCGCCUGAGAGGCAGCCCACCCUCUCGCCCUGCACCCCGACCCCCCUCUGCCCUCCCUGGGACCUUGAGCUCCCCAGCCCCACCUUGGGGCCUCACGCCGAGGCCAGCCGUAACCUUCCCUUUUCCAAAUCGCUCACGGGGACAGGACCGUGCAAAGGUUUCUGGCCUUGCUGGGAGAGUGUGCCCCCCUUCUGUUUCUGGGAACGGGUGCUGUAAUGGCAAGAGACUGAUGUGACAGGGACUGGGUCAUGGUCCCCCUCCCUGGCAGUCCCAUGGAGGAGGGCCGAGGGCCAGGAGCUGCCCAGGGCCAGCGGGGACCCAGGGGCAUGUAAGGAAGGCCUUUGUCACCGUCAGAUGUCCGAAGGAGUGCCAUUCCCCCCAAAGGAGGGGUCCCCUCCCCUCUCCCCCAGGCGACUCCUUCCAGCUCCUGGUCCCUUCCACCCCCUCCCUGGGGCGCUGGCCGGGGGCGCGGGGCCCGCAGCAGGCCAGGCUAUAUUUGGUCCGGCCUGAGAGCCGCCCCACCGGCGAGUCCCGGCGAGGAGGGGACCGGGGUGGGGCGCAACUUCAGAACCGGCCACUUUACGGAGGGCAGACCCUGGGCCGGAGGGGAUUGGCCGCGAUUCAGAUCGCCCGGAGAAGGGGGACAGGGGCGCGCCCGCGCGCGCUAGGGAUCCGCGUGCGCUCCAGCCGCCGCCCGCGCACGCCCGGGGAUGCUCGGCCCGCACGGGGCGGGCACUGGCUGCGCCUGCGCGCUGGGGAGGGGCGGGGCCGGCUGCGCCGGAGGGGGCGUGGGAGGGGCGGGGCGGGGCCCCGGGAGAGGGUCCCUGAACCCCUCUUCGGACCCUCCCUCCGAGUGGCGGCGGGGCGCGCCCCCUCCCCGGCCUCCGCGGGCCCCGCCUGCGGCACCCUCGGGAACUCCCGGCGCCAGGAGCGCGCGGGCUGAGGCGCUCCCCUCACUGCCCGUCACCCGGCUGGGUGUCAGGGUCCCAGGUGAGCCGUUUACACACAGGGCUCCUGUCGCGCUUCUGAUUUAAUGGGCGCCAUAGUCGGCAUUAUUUAGAGCGCCCACCGCUCCCCAGUGAGCCCCACCCCCUGUCACGUUCGGGAAGCAAGGGUGGGCGCCCCCAGCCCCAUGCUGGCGGCGCAGGGAGCAAGUUCCCUCUUUGGAGAGGACCAGAGAGGGGGUCACAGGGCACCUGGCUCCCUCCUCCUCACCUGCCCACCCUCUGCCAAGAGUGGGAGCCGCCUCGGUGGUGGCAUCGUCCCUGGAGCCCUCAGCUCCCAGCCUGUAACUUGCCCCUCGUCAGGUGUCCUGUGCUGGAAAUUCCACCUGCAGAGCUGCGCUCCAAGCUGGGCCUGGUCCCCGGGACUCCAGGGCUGGUGGGAGCUGGGGGGAUUGAGACAUCUGGGAGAGGGAGCACAGGGCAAGGAGCCAGCAGGCCUCAGUUCUGCCCUCCCCAUGGGGGCUUUUUUCCUGCCAGUGUCCUCCUCUGUGAGGGGCGAGACGCUGAGGAAGGCUGGGUGGUGGUGGGGGGUGUCCUUUGGUGAGGGCCCUCCCAGCAUCUCGUGGAGGAGAAGGACGGCUUGAAUCUCUUGCAAAGCGGACUUGGGUGGGAAGAGGCCUAGGCGUGGGGGCCUGGAAGGGGACAUUUGGCUUCCCUGGGUGUAUGGAGGGGCAUGGCUACCCCCUCCCCCGGCCCCGGGUCAGGAGGUGGGAAGGGGCUGCAAGUGAGGGUGGGCCAGACGUGUGCCCUGAGGCCAGGCUGGGGGUGCCCAGCUCAGGAGCAGGGUCAGGCCCCGCCUCUUGUCCAUCGCCCCCCAGGGGUGCAACCCUGGGCGGGGCAGGGACUCUCUCCCAGGCUGGGGGCCCCGGAUCUCAGGGCUGCCCCUGGAGCGGUGAGAGGAGGCCUGGGUGCCACCCCUGAGCCGCCCCUUUUGUCCUCGGGCCCCUACUGAGCAGCCGGCCUCAGGGCAGUGAGCCAGUGAGGACAUCUCGCUGCAGGGCCAGCAGGAGCUUGGGGUGCGAGCCAGGAGGAAGGGCUGGUGUGGGGUCUCUGCCUUAGGCAGCUCCUGACGCCGCAGGGAGGGCCUGGGAGGCGGUCAGAAGGCCCUGCUUGUGCCCUGAGUCCCGUCCACCGCGGCCAGAGCUGGGAGAGUUGACAGGAUCCUGUCUUCUAUCCCAUGGCAGUGGGGUAAGGGGGUCAAGGCCUGCUUGGGGCCCUGGGGCUGCCAAGGGCAGGAUCCAGAGGGAGCUCAGGAAGGGCGUCCGUGUUUGGGGGAGCUUCUCACACCUGCCUUCUGGUCGUCUCAGGCCCCAGCUCACCUGUCCUUCUCUCACCAUCCUGACCCAGACCAUUCUCAGCCCAACCCCACUGCCCCCCACCACAGGGACGUGUGCCCCCCCACACACAGACAGGGUCUGACCUUUGUACCGAGCCCGGAGCACACAGAAGGCGCUCAAUGAAUGCGGUGCCCUGCCCAAAUGGCCGGGCUGGCUGGCAGGAAGUGUGUGCACGCGGCUGACAUAAGUGCAGAAACGGGUUUCAACCAUCAGAGCCAGCAGAGCUCAAGCAGGUAAAGUGUGGCUCGUAUGGCCCUCAGUGACCGCCACCUUGUACCCUCUGCCACCUGCGGGCGUGACUCAAACCCCACAGCACCCUGCAGGGUGGGAGCCGCUAGCACGUCCCUUUCUAGGUGAGGAAACCAAGGCACGCAGGGGCCACCCCACCCCUGCCCUGUCCUGCGCACUCUCCUCUCCCACGGGACAGGGGAGGGGGACGCCGGCAAGGGGGGUUUACAAAGAGAAGGGAACCUCGGCUUGUUGGGGAAUUGCAUGAGCUUCGGGUCAGGCAAGCACGGAAAGGGGAAACGAAGCCAGGAGCAGUAGGGUUGGGGUCUGGCCCUGGGUCGGGUGCGGGAAUGGUGCGGAGCGCAUCGCCUGGGGCCUUACCCUGGCUGUGGGCCAGCAGGAGGCCUCGGGGCUCCCCACGUGGGGGUCUCUCCAGCAGAACAAAGAGCCCCUGGACCCGGAGAGAUGCCCAGGGCUGCCGGGGCACCUGUGGCCGCACCUGGCCUGCUCCACUGGGUGCUGGAAAGCCACUGGGAAGGGUCAGCCCUCAUCUGGGGUGGGGAGGGCAGGCGGCGGAGCAGCCCUGGCUGGGAGGCUGGACGCGGCCUCCACCCCUCUCCGUCGUGGGCGACAGGUUGAGUGAACGUGCAUCUCGUCAUAGUCUAAGAAUUGAAUUCAUGGGGGGAAAGAAGCAGGUGCCCCUUUCUUCUUCACACCCCCCCCCAACCUUGCCCUACGUUUGCCCCAGUCCUGCAUAACUCUGAGCCUCAGCUGUCGCAUCCGUGGAAUGGGCACGAUGGUUCCUGGAACCCCGUGAGGAUCCUACCCCACUCCCCGCAGCACAGCACUACCCAGGCCCCUGCCCCCGCCGCGCCUCCACCGUGACCCCCGCACCCGAGAGAGGUGGGUCGGCACUUCCCGCGGAAUGAACGAAUAAACAGACGAACCCUAAA